GAAUGAUGAAACCAACUGAAAAAUUAAUUGAAGAAGUAAAAAAAGCUCUGCAACACAAUAAUCCUUACUAUAAAUUAAUAGAUUUAUUUAAAACUUAUGGCUAUUUCUUGCCAAAAAGAUGGUAUUUAG